AUGGAUCGCCUUAACCGCAUGCUCGCCGCCGCCCAGGGCAUGGGCAUGAAUCAAGGCCCUCCAGGCGCAGAUGCUCCGAACCUUGUCGAUAACAGCGAAACGGUUUACAUAUCAUCUCUCGCCUUACUCAAAAUGUUACGGCACGGCCGUGCAGGUGUUCCUAUGGAAGUCAUGGGUUUGAUGCUGGGUGAAUUCGUGGAUGAUUUCACAGUAAGAGUAGUGGAUGUCUUUGCUAUGCCACAAUCUGGAACGUCAGUCAGCGUCGAAUCGGUAGAUCCUGUCUUCCAAACCAAGAUGAUGGACAUGCUGCGACAGACUGGAAGACAAGAGACGGUCGUGGGCUGGUACCAUUCGCAUCCAGGUUUCGGGUGUUGGUUGUCGAGCGUGGAUAUCAAUACACAACAGAGUUUCGAGCAGCUUACACCUAGAGCUGUGGCUGUCGUCGUUGAUCCGAUUCAGAGUGUAAAAGGAAAAGUUGUCAUUGAUGCAUUCCGACUCAUCAAUCCACAGACUCUCAUGAUGGGACAAGAACCACGACAAACCACAUCGAAUUUGGCAUAUCUAAACAAGCCAAGCAUCCAGGCACUUAUUCAUGGGCUCAACAGGCACUACUACAGUAUCGGAAUACAAUACCGGAAGACAGGAUUAGAAGAGAACAUGCUUAUGAAUCUGCACAAGGAGGUCUGGACUGAAGGCCUGGAACUUCCUGGCAGCUUUGCAACAGAAAGAAAGAAGACCGAAGAUGGCCUGCAAAGAUUGGUAGAUCUGGCAGAUGGCUACGAGAAGAGGGUACGAGAAGAAAAUGAACUCACCAAAGAGCAGCUCAAGACGAGAUACGUCGGCAAAGUCGAUCCGAAGAAACACAUCGAGGACGUUGGCCAACAGCUCAUCGAAGACAACAUCGUCGCAGUAUCCAGGCAGAUGAUCGAUAAGGAAGCGAGCGUAGCCAGGAAAGCCGAGCAGCCUAACGGUCACGGGGCUGCGAACGGUAGCAUGGAGAUAGAUGAAGACUAG